UUUUGCUCGGUUUUAUAACAAACCCAUUGAACAUAGUCCUGAUGCUAAUUUUGGUCAGGUAGUCUUAUCUAGUGUGUAACAGUUAAGUUUGUAUACAACUGCUGAGGUGUCAUAUUGUACUUUGACACGCCUACUGUUUUUACAUUAUACUUGUUGAUUUGAUAUUGUUGUCUCGUAAUCACCUUGCUUUGAAAUCUCACGUGGUCCCGUAGUGACGUCAGCAAUGGUGAGGGAGAAUGAAAAUUAAACGAGCUUACCUGUAAGUGAAGUUUGAUUGUGAUUCUCCUGAGCCAUUGCGUAGGAACGAAGGGAUCACGUGCCCACCCAUUUAGGUGUUGACUGAGCCAUUGGCUCAUUAUCCCUACCCCUUUUUUGGGUCAGUGGUUACUCGACAAUGUUAAAAUUUGAAGGCAAGCUUGCUCGCGCAAUCUCACAUGAUCCCUUCGUUCCUACGCAAUGGCUCAGGAGAAUCAUAACUUCACUUACAGUUCAUCAGAGGAAUCAUGCCCCGAGCAAAUUCGAUCUUCCUUGUUUCAAUGUGUUUCCUAAUCAUGAGCACGAUGCUGUUUGGUGAAGCUAAAAAGAAAGCAAAAGUUCUUAUACUUGGAGCAGGCCUAUCGGGAAUAACCGCUGCUAAAACACUCCUGGAAAACAACAUCACAGAUUUUUACGUUCUUGAGGGUCAGGACUACAUUGGUGGAAGAAUACACGCCUUUGAAUUUGAAGGAGUCACUAUUGAAACAGGAGCAAACUGGCUGCAUUUCCUGGAUGACGAGGACACGACUCCUCUGUUGAAACGAAUGGAAGAAGCAGAAAUGGGUGGAGUUCCAAGCAACUAUUCUGACUUCAUCAUAAGGAACGAGCAUGGUCAGGACAUCACAGAUUCAGAAGUCAUUCGCAAGUUACACGAAGAAAUUGAAGAAAAAAUUGAAGAAUUUCAGUUGUCGAGGAUGGAGAGAAAUAUGCCAGACAUUCCUGCUCAAGUUGGUUUGCAGUUAAUGGGAUGGAAAAGUAAUCGACCGAUUGAAAAAGUGCUUGAGUAUUUUAGACUUGAUUUUGAGCACGGCAAACAACCUGAUCUGGUCUCUUUUUAUCAGCUGUAUGGCCGAGGCCAAGACUUUUUUGUGUCAGAUCCUCGAGGACUUUGGUCUCUUUACAAAGAUCUUUACCAGCCCUUGAUGAAACAUAUUUUGCUCGGAAGGAAUAUCGUCAAAAUAAAAUACUCCGAGAACUUUGUGGAGGUCCACACCAAAAAUAACGAAAUAUUUGUAGCUGAUUAUGCUCUGUGUACGUUUAGCACUGGAGUCUUGACCAGUGACACAAUAACUUUCGACCCACCCCUCCCUGAGUGGAAAAGAGAAGCCAUUUAUAAAAGCCCGAUGUCUAUUUACACGAAAAUUUUCUUGAAGUUUCCAAGGAAAUUCUGGAACGACAACGAAUUUAUUUUGCACGCCUCCAAGCGGCGCGGGUAUUUUCCAGUGUUCCAGGACCUGGACAGACCAGGAAUUUUACCAGGUAGUGCAAUAUUAUUGAUUACUGUCACUGGAGAGGAAGGCAAAAGGAUCGAAGAACAAACAGACCAGGAAACAAAAACAGAGAUCAUGAAAACUUUGAGAAAAAUUUACGGCAAGAAAAUCCCUGAACCUACAGCGAUAUUCUAUCGUCGCUGGUCCAAAGAUAUGUUCACACAAGGCGCUUACAGUGACCGAGUAGUAGGUACAACUUCGCAAGAUUACAAAAACAUUGGAGAGACACUGGGCCGACUUUAUUUUGCGGGGGAAGCGACUAGUGAGGACUGGAACGGGUAUAUGCAAGGGGCUUACCUGAGCGGUAAAGAGAAAGGUCAGAUGAUCGCUGAUGAUUUAAUGGGUACAAGAAUUGGAGAAGUCAAUCAAGGACAUGUGCUUAGUGACACUUUAGUUCAUGAGGAGCUAUAAGCAAUAAAGCUUGCGAUUUUUCCUACAAUUCUUUGAUAAUCGCUUAAAUGAACUUUUCAGGGUUAAAAAAAAAAUUAACUUUUCUGGUCAAGACUCAAAACCGAUCGCUAUUUAUGUAUUUUUGUGAAUGAAAGAAGUUUGAAUGUCACAGUGGAUUGAGUCUCUCGGGGAGUCACGAAAAUUGCCUACGUUCUUCCCCUUGAUUCCCUUCCCUCCACCCCCUCUCCAUGCCAUCUAAUCUACUCUCAACCCCAAACUGACACAAAAACAGAGCAAUUUGAGUUUUAGAGUGCUAGUGUAUGACGCAAAACAUUUUGACAACGGAGCUUUUGGAAAUUGGCUAUGACAUCACGAUAAUCAUGUGAUUUCCCUUCC